CCUCGAAAGCUAAAAUAUGUUUAAGAUAGAGACAGACACACACAGAGUUUUAGACAGAAGUCAAGAGAGAAGGAGACUAAGAGAGAAAGCUUCGGGGGAGAGAGAGAGAGGGAGAGGGGUAGAAUGGGAAACCAAAAGCAAAAGUGGACGGCGGCGGAGGAAGAAGCCCUACUCGCCGGAGUAGCGAAGCACGGACCCGGCAAGUGGAAGAACAUCAUCAAAGAUCCUGAAUGCGCCCCUUUCCUUAUUCACCGCUCCAAUAUCGACCUCAAGGAUAAGUGGAGGAACUUGGGUGUUAAUUCUUGUGGACAUGGUUCUAAGGAAAGACCAAGGGCUACAAAGAUUAGAAAGGUUGUGGGUACCCAGCAUGACAUUGUUCAGAGCCCUGCUUCUGCUGCUUCGGUUCGACCCAAUGCAUCUCUCGUUGCUGUCACAAACGAUGCUUUGAGUACAGCAUCUGAUGGGAAAAAUGCUCCAAGGUAUGAUGCAAUGAUUUUUGAGGCCCUUUUCACGAUGAAAGAUAAGGAUGGAUCUACUAUAGGUGCCAUUCUUAACUAUAUUGAGCAAAGGCAUGAGGUGCCUGUACCAGCAAAUUUCAGAAGGGUUUUGGGUACAAGGUUAAGACAGCUUGCUAUGCAAGGAAAACUGGACAAGGCGCAAAAUGGUUACAAGAUCAAAAAGGAUGUAACUUUGAUAGCAGAAACACCUAUAUCUACUCCAGAUCAAAAGGAAGUGAGGCCCCGGAAGUUGCAGAAUUAUGUGCCAAUGAUCUCUACCGAAACAGUGAAGGAUGCAGCUGAUAAUGCUGCCUACAAACUCGUGGAUGCUGAUAACAAAAGCUUUCUGGCUAUUCAAGCAAUGAAGGAAGCAGAAAGAGUUUCAAUGAUGGCAGAAGAUACCGACUCAAUGCUACUGUUAAUAGAAGAGAUUUAUGAACAAUGUUUGUGUGGUGAAGUCGUUGCCUUGGCUUAGGUCUUCAAUUGUAAGUCUGACUAGUGUGUACCUUGUAACUUAUAGAACGGUGUAUGUAAAUUCACUGAUCCAAUCGAACAGUCUAAGCUUUCUUUUGUCA